CGGAGCGGCGGGCGCCGCCAUGGCCGCCGGCUCGGCGGAGCUGGAGCUGGAGCUGUUCCGCCGCCGCUGGCGGGAGGAGCUCGCCGGGGCAGGGGCCGGCGGCAAGCGGCGGCGGCGCGAGCCCGCGGCCGGCGGCGGCUCCCCGGCCCGCGGCCCGCUGGGCGGCGGCUCCCCGGCCCCGGCCGCCCGGCGCGGCCCGCAGCCCGGCCGCGCCGCCGCGGAGCCCGCGGGGGACGGCGGCGACGACCUGCUGGGGCAGCUCAUCCGCGACCUGAAUGAAAUAAAUGAGGUUCCAUUUUUUGAUAUCCAGCUGCCCUAUGAACUGGCCUUGAAGAUAUUUCAGUAUCUGGAUAAGGCUGAACUGGGAAGAUGUGCUCAGGUCAGCCGGACAUGGAAAGCACUUGCAGAAGAUGAAGUGCUGUGGUACCGGUUGUGCCAGCAGGAAGGAUACCUAUUGGAUAACAGCAUCUCGGAUCGCUCCUGCUGGAAGGUCGCGCUUAAGGACUGCCGUGCCAAAGAACGCACUCUGAGAACCAACUGGAAGAAUCGCAUUGGUGCUGUGAGCCAGCUGCAGUAUGAGCUGGGAAAGAUUCUUUGUGAUGUCCAUUCCUGCGAUGGAGUUGUUAUUGCUGGAUAUACAUCAGGAGAAGUGAGGUUGUGGGACACCCGCACCUGGGACUACACAGCCCCCAUCCUGGAGCCGGUGCACGGUCCUGACGAUGCUGGACCUCCGCCACAUGUCUCCUUUGUGAGGAUAAACAGCUCUCUGGCUGCGGCGGCUUACGAGGAUGGAACUGUUAGCGUUUGGAGUCUGAUGGUGGGACGGGAGCCCAUCCAUCGUUACCAGCACAAUCAGAGGAUUCAGGCUUUGGCUCUUGGUUCGGAGGGUGCAGCGGUAGCGACGGCAUCUGGCUUCGAGGUCAAAGUGGAAAGCCCUAAUGACAAGGGAUUCUGGCAAACUACGGAAACGUUUGAAAUCCAGAAACUGGUCAACUUCCUUAAUCUGGUUCCAGAUGUUACGGGGAGUCUGGUGGCAGUAGCAGCUGCAGAAGACGUGGUUUAUCUCCUGAAAUCAGAAGAUCCUGGCAAAGUUCUCCAUUCUGUUUAUGGUCAGCCUGUCACAUGUCUCGAUGUGUCUGCUAAUGAGGCAGCCUUUGGGGUCAAAAGUUUUGGCUGGUUAUUGAAUGAGCCCAACCAGAUUCUUCUUUACAAUCUGGAAACAAGCCAGUGUCUAAAGAAGCUGGGCAACUCAUUGGGUGACUUUACGUGUGUCAAUCUCCAGGACAGUCCUCCAAACAUGCUCGUUACAGGCAAUAAGGACAGAAGGGUCAGGGUGUACGAUCUCCGCCAAAGCGAAUCCCUGUGCUCCCUCUACAGCCACCACUUGGGAGUGUCUGCAGUGCAGAUGGAUGACUGGAAGGUCGUGAGCGGCGGAGAGGAGGGCUUGGUCUGUGUGUGGGAUCAGCGGAUGGGCACCAAACUCUGGGAAAUGCACGCCAGACAUCCAGUUCGCUAUUUAUGGUUUAAUUCUCAUAGCCUCAUCACUGCAAAUAUCCCUGAUGAGAAAACCCCCCGAGGCGCCAGCAUCAUGGACGAUGACUUAACCGCGCACCGCAAGCAUCGAGGAAUCAUCUACGCCUACGAGUUCUCAGCGGAGCAGUUGGCUGUAGAAAGCGUCCUUCCUAUUUGCCGCUCUUCCUACGAUGAAGUGACCGGUUAUAACUACAACAUCGGCCUUGCGGUUCCCUACGAUAACAUUUAGGUAACUCACUCCUAGUUGGCCUCUGUGGUCCAGCUCUCUGCCAAGCACGUGGCCGGAGGGGGGAAAGGAGAUUCGCGAGGGACAGGCGCCAGAGAGAUCGCGCUGGCUGCAGGCGCAUUUCCUGGGCUGCGCUUUUGCUGAAAACUUGGGGCGUGAACAAGAACAGAGAGGGAGUAUGGCUGUCCCCAAAAGACUAAAUAAAACUGAAAUAUGUAGCUGUGCAAACAUUCAAAGGUCCCCUGUUGCGGAGUGGGGGGGCUGCAGAACGAAGGGGAACAGCGUACCUCCGUGUAAGCAAAACCGGUCGUUCCCGCUGCCUGUGGGAAAAGUGCUGCCGAUCCCAUCUUGGCAGAGGACGUGCUUGGGUCAGGCAGCAAGAGCCCCGAGUGGCAAACGGCUGCGAUCGGGGAGGCUGGGAGCACGUCGAGGAGUUCGUGCCCUUCGGACGUCUGCCUGCCCUCAGGGGAGGAAAACGAACAAAAAAACCCUGCGGGGACUUGGAAGAAGUAUCUUGGUGUGUCACAUGUUUGAAAUUUCUUUCCUUAAAAUAAGCUGCUGAUUUUUCUUUAAGUGUAUCUGAGCGUGGCUAGAAAUGGGCAAAACUGCCCAAAAGGCUUCCCUGCUCAUGAGAGGGGAGGUGGAGGGAGGGGGGGGCAAAGGCUGGCCUUGUCCGGGCUGGAUGCUGGGGAACUCAGCAGGCCAUGCUUCAAAAAGUUUUUAAUAAAUUAUUUUUUAAAAAAAUCUCUAAAAUUCUAGAUUAAA